AAAACGGCAAUGACUUCGCAUCAAAAUCAAAAUUCCUCCACUAUUGCUUGCAAAAUCUGACAAUCGGACUGAGUGAUGUGGCCCUCGGCGUCAUCCUUCCCGGAGGACUUCAGAACUGAUAUCCCUUUUGAAGAUGGGAGGAGCACGGUGGUGGAUCUUCCAUCUCCGUUGGAAAGAGACGAUCGCCGCCGCCUAAGAAUCGUGGGCUCCUGCAAUGGCUUGGUAUGCUUGGGUCUUCCACCGGAGACUGCACAAAGCUACAGGAACCUUGUACACCGACCAGGGUAUUUGUAUGCACCUGGUUUUGGGUACGAGUCAGCCUCUGAUGAUUAUAAACUUGUUUUAGCCACUUACUAUAGGGAAUCGAUAUCUGUCUAUAUGGUGAUGAUUGCAACGGCUUAUCACUGGGAUGGGUAUUUUCCCGAGUCGACCUUUCUGAAUGGAGCAGUCCAUUGGAGAUCACGAAUCGGAGAUGAUAAUACUUUGACUGCUUUUGAUUUGGAAAAGGUGACAUUUUUCCAAGUUCCAAUUCCCCGUCUCCCCUGUUCUAGGAUGUUCUUCCCCUACAAUGGCAUGGGAGUUCUUGGAGGAUGCCUCUCCUUGAUGAUUGCUAAUUCUGAAAAUUCCCAUCCCUUUGGGUUGUGGGUAAUGAAGGAACAUCGGGUGGAGGCAUCCUGGACUAAAGUGCUUCAUCUUCUAAACCCAGAUGAUUAUGUUCCGCGCGGUAUGCACGAAAUUUUCUAUGAGCCUUUAUGCAUCUCAGGUGAUAAUGCAUUUAUAUUCAUAGGGAACACAAGAGAAUUGAUGAAGUUUAGUGAAAGAGGACAAAUACUUGAAAAGGUUAGUGUCUGUGAUGACUCGAACAAGUGUGAAGGAAUUGCAUUUGUGGAGAGCAUAGCUUUUCCUAACAAUCCAUGAUCAGGUACAUACUCUUUUCAUGAUCUUUAAGCUCAUCUAGUGGGUUUUUCUUUUGCUGUAACAAAACUAUAACAAAAUUUGAAACGGUGAAAGAGUUAUGACAUAUGAUUGUGUUUAUUUUGGGAGCUUGUAGAAAUCCUUUUCCGGUUCUUUAGUGUUUAUAAGUCUUGUUAUUGCGAAGGGGCGUGCUUCAUUCUGAUUGUUAACUAUGGAUGUGUGAAAAUGCAUCCUCUUUUGUUGUUGGCGUGAAUUGAUCUCGUUUUCUCAAUCACAUAUAAUGAAACCAAGAAACAUGGCUACGGUUCAAGAAUCAUUGUCUUCUUCCAUGAAAAAAUGGAAAAAAAUGCUUGUCUUCCCUUCCCCCUUUCUGAUUGCUAAAUGGUUGAACUUACUGUCAGUUCAUUGCUUGUUGGAGAUCAAUCCAAUUUUACCAACUUCCAGUCCUAUUUUCCCCUUCCCCCAGACGUUGUGAAAGUUGAUACCAGUGUAUGUUGUAAUUCUAACUAGGUCUGGUUGGUUUUAUAUGCAGGGAUUUUUAUGGGGCUCUAACCUUUUCACAGUUAUUAGGAAGUAGUUUUGGAUGCAGAAGAGUUGAUAAGAAUAGCUUUCCACUAACUGGGGAUGCUGUUGUUUUUUGAGCAUGUUUUUACCUUGUACCCUUUUGAAGUCAGUUUUUAGGGGAUGUCAUUCCUGUUGAUGACUUGGUGGGGUUAUGUGAUGUUCUUUUGGUGGUUUAAUUUCUCCCUUUCCCCCUUAUAAGUCUGUCUCUAUUGUAACUUUGUUGUAACUAAAUGAAAUUUCUAUGUGAAU